CAUUGGAUCUUCCUUUCUUUCUUUUUGGAGCAUAAGUACGUGUAUUUGAUAUACAUACAUAGCGUGCGUGUGCACACGGGUUGUAGCAGCCCUCGAAACAUGGUGUCCUCUCAGCCCCCGGCGGCAUCCAAGAUACCGUCGACAAAGCCCGACACACGAGGGUUCCCGCGAAUCCUGUGCCUCCACGGCGGAGGCGUCAACGCAGCCAUCUUCGAGGCGCAAUCGCGAGCGCUCAUCCGCCACCUGCAGCAUUCGUUUCGCCUCGUGUGGGCCGAUGCGCCCUUCUUCUGCGAUCCCCAUUCCGACAUCAUCGGCGUGUACAGCGACUAUGCGCCGUUCCGCCGCUGGUUGCGCUGGCUGCCCGAGCACCCAGAAGUCGACGACGAAACAUGCAUCGAGGAGAACGGAUACGCGAUACGCACGGCUAUGGAGGACGACGAUCAGGCUGGCGGCACGGGAGAAUGGGUGGGGCUGAUGGGCUUCAGCCAGGGCGCCAAAAUGUCGGCGAGCUUGCUGCUGGAACAACAGGCGCGCGAGGCCGACGCAAGGAAACGCGGGUAUACCGUCGUCGCGCCAGGCCCCACGGGCAUCCCCAAUCUCACCUGGCGCUUUGGCGUGCUGCUGGCGGGACGAGCUCCCCUGAGUAAUUUCAAUCCGCAGCUUUUGAAGAGCAAGGCCCUCGUGGACGCGGGCAGCUUAUCCGAGGGAUUUCAGUUUUGCAGCGAGGUGGACGAGGAGGCGACGCUGAAGCGGCCGACGCUGCAUGUCCAUGGCAUGGCGGACCCGGGGCUAAAUCUGCACAGAAAGCUGUUGGACGAGUAUUGCGAAAAGGGCUCCGCGACGCUGGUGGAGUGGGAGGGCGCUCAUCGCGUUCCGCUCAAGAGCGGCGAUGUCAAUCGUGUGGUGGGUGCGAUAUACGACAUAGCCGAGGCAACGGGAGUGCGAGUGUUGAGAACAGUAUGAGCUGAGGUAAUUGUAGAAUUUUUGUGCUGUUGUGGUAUUUGGGGGUUGACAUUGCUAGAUUCAUGAUAGACUAUCUGUUCUUCGUCAUUGCUUGUGUACGCGUAGGGCUGUUCGUGUGCAAGGUUGUAUGUGUAGUAUUCUCCGAUGAGUUAGUAUGUUCCAAGGGAUCAGGACAAACAAGUCGCUGGUCCAAAUAUGGCCGUAACUGUUUGUAAUUUGAUAUGGUGCCGUUUCUUUCAGAAGUCGCAUAUAACCAAUCAAGAUGCAGGAACCAAGCCCAGAGAUGCAAUCAUAAGUAGCAAUGCGAAACCCGCCACUGAAACAGCUGGGACGUUAUCGCCUGGAUAAUUAUCCGAUCCAAGGCUCCGUGGUACUUUGUGUGGGGUGAGAUGAAAGCGGGGAGACCGGCUCGAAAUCAGUGAGCUGGUA